AUGCAGGCACCAGUGGUAUACUUAAAUACAUCUACCCAAAGACAAACUGGUAGACAAGCACAAGUGGCCAAUAUUACUGCCGCAAAAGCAGUUGCUGAUAUCAUCAGGACAUGUUUGGGUCCUAAAGCCAUGCUUAAAAUGUUAUUGGACCCAAUGGGUGGUAUUGUUUUGACUAAUGAUGGCCAUGCCAUUCUAAGGGAAAUUGACGUGUCUCAUCCUGCUGCAAAGUCAAUGAUUGAACUUUCAAGAACACAAGAUGAGGAAGUUGGAGAUGGUACUACUACUGUCAUUAUUUUGGCAGGAGAAAUUUUGGCGCAAACCUUCCCCUACAUUGAGAAGAACAUCCAUCCAGUCAUAAUCAUCCAAGCUUUGAAACAGGCUUUAAAGGAUGCAUUAGAGGUUAUACACGAAGUGUCAAAACCAGUUGAUAUCAAUAAUGACAAAGCGAUGAUUCAGUUAAUCAAAGCAUCCAUUGGUACAAAGUAUAUCAACAAAUGGGCCGAGAAAAUGUGUGAAUUGAGUUUGCAAGCUGUCAGGACUGUCAUGGUCCAGAAAGGUGACUAUAAAGAAAUUGACGUUAAGAGAUACGUGAGAAUCGAAAAGAUACCUGGAGGAGAAGUUGCAGAUUCUGAGGUCCUUGAUGGUAUUUUGUUGAACAAAGACGUUGUUCACCCCAAAAUGAAAAGGUAUAUCGAAAACCCACGAAUCAUAUUAUUGGAUUGUCCAUUGGAGUACAAAAAGGGAGAAUCGCAAACAAAUAUAGAAAUCACCAAGGAAGACGAUUGGAACAGGAUUUUACAAAUCGAAGAGGAACAGGUCAAAUUGUUGUGUGAUCAAUUGUUGGAGUUUAAGCCUGACUUGGUCAUAACGGAGAAAGGGGUAAGUGACUUGGCCCAACAUUACCUUUUGAAAGGCGGUGUCUCUGCAUUGAGAAGGGUCAAAAAAUCAGAUAAUAACCGUAUUGCUAGAGCUACAGGUGCUACUAUUGUUAAUAGAGUGGAAGACUUGAAAGAGUCAGAUAUUGGUACCAAAUGUGGGGAAUUUAAGGUUGAAUUAAUAGGUGAUGAGUAUUUUGCAUUUCUUGAUAAAUGUAAGAAGCCACAAGCUUGUACCGUUAUAUUGAGAGGGGCAUCAAAGGACAUUUUGAACGAAAUAGAAAGGAACCUUCAUGAUGCAAUGGCGGUGACGAGAAAUGUCAUGUUUGAACCAAGUUUAAGUCCAGGAGGUGGUGCCACUGAAAUGGCUUGUAGUGUUAGACUAUCUGAAAAGGCCAAAACCAUUGAAGGGGUUGAGCAGUAUCCAUAUCAGGCAGUCGCUGAUGCAUUUGAAGUUAUACCUAGAACACUUGUUCAAAAUUGUGGUGGUAAUCCGAUCAAAGUUUUAUCGCAAUUGAGAGCUAAGCAAGCACUGGGAAACUACACUUAUGGAAUAGAUGGGGAAAAUGGUAAAGUAGUUGACAUGAACGACUAUGGUAUUUGGGAGCCUGAAGUAAUCAAACAGCAAUCGAUCAAAACAGCGAUUGAGAGUGCGUGUUUACUUUUGAGAGUGGAUGAUAUUGUUAGUGGAGUACGCCAAACGCAAGGUUAA